CAAGCUUCACUUGGAAGUUCCCGACGUGCGCAGAUCCACACCGCGCCUUCGACCGCCCCCAGUCUUUCAGGAUCAGGGACAAGUGCUGUGAUGGCGCAUAGUCUGGAGUCCCGGCCGACCGUGGUGGAUUUCCGCGAGGACAACCCUUGGGUGAAGCUGGCCCAGGCACAGUGGUCCGAUGCAAAGAAGGUCCGCAAGGUCAAGCCUGCGGUGAUUAAACAGCAAUUAUGGGAUCCUUUGGAAGCGGAAGGCUUCACCAAUCGCUCGCUGUUGAUCUUGGAAAACCUGAAUGUUCUGGAAAAGUUCCUUUGGCCGACGUACACCGAGGAUGCCUCGAAUCAUCACGUUCUUCUGAUUGCCUUGGUCGUCAGUGUCAAGUAUCGCGAGCAUCUGCCAAUAUGGGACAUUUUUUCUGAUCGCGCCGAUGAUUUCUCAAGCCUAUUCCAUCGGAUCCUGUCCAUGAGCAUUGAUCCAUCAUUGUCUACUCAGUCUCGGAUGUCAAUCGUCUCCUUCAUUAUCGGUGCCUUCCAAUCGCUUGAAAAUGUCCUGAUCCGAAAAGAAUGCGCCCCGCUCGUUUCAAUCUCGAUAUGGCACAAUCUAGCCAGCGAUGAGGCCAGGGAGCGCGUAAUCUCCAAAUCGGCAACAUUGAAGAAGGCUUGGAGGGCGGUGGGCAAGCGCUACGAUGCGGGAGAUGAUGCCGCCAAGGCGAAGAUGCGGUUCGAGCGGUCAUGGCUGUAUACCAUGUUGCUUGUUUUCUUGCAGAAGCUGAACGGCACGGAGAAAGAGCAACCGGAGAAUCUACUGUACUGCGAGCGCUUCUUGGAGUUGCUGGUAGAUCUUUUGAGCCAGCUUCCGACUCGGCGGUACGUGAACACACUGCUGAAGGACUUGAACCUUCUGCCCGUUAUCCGCCUGUCGCAGCUCUACCACAUUCCUGAAAAUGCGCUUUUCCGCGAUCUUUACAACCUUCUCAAGCAUUUCAUCUUCUUUGCAAUCGAUGAUUACUCCGGCGAGGCGCUUUCUCCCCAGGCGGUUUAUGAUCUACACUGCCAGGAGCUGGCACGACUGCAGAGAACUGCCAUGAAAUCCUUCAAGGAGAAGCUGAUGAUACUCGCACUCUCGAACCUGGGUGCUAUUGAACAGCGAUCGGAGUUGGAAGGGCAACUGUCCUCCUUGGACGAGCCAGAGCUCCAACAACUAUGCACACAGCUAGGAUUCCGGACAAGCUAUCCAAAGUCGUCGAACAUCACUCCAGGUCGACAGCUUUAUUUGGAGACCCUCUCCUCUUUCUACGAGCGAAAACUUUCUUUCCAGGAAGUCGCUGCUCAGCUCAGCAUCAUCCCAACGGAAGACAGCUUGUACGACCCCGCCUUGUUGAGAAGCGAAUCCUACGAUGGAUCGAGGCCCCUUGCAAUCCCCAAAUUGAAUCUUCAGUAUCUGAGCAUUGGGGACUUCCUUUGGCGCUCAUUCCUUCUCUACCGGUCUGAGGCUUUCUUCCAAAUUCGCAAGGAUAUCGAAUCGAUUGUGAAACGGAUGCAGCCCAAGGCAAACCGGGAUGGAAGUGUAAAAUUUGACGGCUUCUCUCGAAUGGCUAUUCCGAUCUCCAAACCUGCCAUUGUUGAAGUUGCCCCGGCCAAGGUUGGCUCUCCUAACCCGGCGUUUGUUCGGGCCGAGAUUGCCAUCGAAGUUGGUCGCCUCGCAGAGAACGUUCGCAAAGAAUGGGAUGCUCUUCGCCCCGAUGAUGCGAUCUAUCUACUAGCUGUUCAGACACCCUCUCCCGCACGAAUGGGAAUGCUGGACCAAAUGCCAGACACUCCAUGCAUGACUCACCUGCGCACAGCGCUGGUUGUGCAGGUUCUCGAUGAACAAGGCCGUCCAUUACGCCAGCCAGCCGCGGGUCAGACAAACGGAUAUCAAUCCCGGCCAAGAGUGCGCAAGCUCCUUGUCAACCUGGAUGUCGAGGCGUUCAAGACGGACAAAGACCGUCAAUCGCACGGCAAGGCGGACAUCUACCCCUCAAUCAACGUUGUGGCGCGGAGGAAGGCCAGGGAAAAUAAUUUCAAGUCUGUUCUUGAAACUAUGCAAAAGCUCAUUGUUUCAGACAUGACUCUCCCGUCUUGGCUUCAGGAUGUUUUCCUCGGAUAUGGAGACCCUGCGGGCGCACAGUAUACACAGCUGUCAAACAAACUCCAGUCUGUGGAUUUCCUGGACACCUUCCUGGACUGGCCUCAUCUUGUUGAGAGCUUCCCCGGCAGGACAAUUGAACCGUCGGGCGCUGAAACAUCCAGUUUUGGUCCUCCCUACGUCCUUGAAUGGGCUGAGGGCGAGGCAAGUGCGGCUCCUACUGCUCCGCAGAAAAAGCGCCGCCGAGAGCAAGUCGAACCGACUAAGCAAGAACCCACUCCUAUGCGUGUGUCAACGUAUAAGCCACCCAACCCGGGCCCUUACCCUGUUGAUGCCCCCAAGCUCAACAAAGUUCGCUUUACACCUGCUCAAGUAGAAGCAAUUGCAUCCGGCACGCAGCCAGGUCUGACGGUGAUCGUGGGACCACCUGGUACCGGCAAGACUGAUGUUGCAACCCAAAUCAUUAACAACCUUUACCACAACUUCCCCAACGAGCGCACACUUCUCAUCGCCCACAGCAAUCAAGCGCUCAACCAGCUCUUCGAGAAAAUUACUGCGCUUGAUAUCGACGAACGCCACCUGCUCCGUUUAGGUCACGGCGAGGAAGAGCUAGAUACCGAAUCUAACUAUAGCAAGUACGGCCGGGUCGAAUCAUUCCUUGACAAUCGAAACUAUUACCUAUCGGAAGUCAUGCGACUUGCGGCAUCAAUUCAGGUAGAAGGCGCUCAUGGAAACUCUUGCGAGACGGCAGGCUAUUUCAAUACUGUCCAUGUUCAGCCGGCGUGGGCGAAAUUCUGGGAUCAUGCCCAUUCUGAAGAAGUCUCAGGAGAGGACAUUAUCACCUCUUUCCCAUUCCAUGCGUUCUUUGCAGAUGCUCCUCAACCUCUGUUUGGCGAAGGAGCGUCUAAGGAGGCCAUUUUGGAUGUUGCCUCUGGUUGCCAAAGGCACAUCGAGCGAAUCUUUUCUGAACUAGAGGAUAUUCGGCCCUUUGAAAUUCUGCGCCAGCCACGAGAUAAAGCUAAUUAUCUACUGAUCAAGGAAGCCCGAGUGAUUGCGAUGACCUCCACGCACGCAGCAAUGCGCCGACAGGAGAUCGCGGACUUGGGCUUCCAUUACGAUAACGUGGUUAUGGAAGAAGCUGCGCAGAUUACCGAAAUAGAGAGCUUCAUUCCUACUGCACUUCAGAACAUGAAGAAUGGCGAGCUUCCUCUCAAGCGAGUUGUGUUAUGUGGCGACCACUUCCAAAACUCCCCCAUCAUCCAGAACAUUGCUUUCCGUCAAUAUGCACACUUCGAGCAGAGUCUUUUCCUGCGACUGGCGCGACUUGGUGUUCCGGUGAUCACACUGGAUAAGCAGGGUCGUUCCAGGCCGAGCAUCGCCGAGUUGUUCCGUUGGCGCUACCAUGAGCUGGGUGAUCUUGCAGCCGUGGAAACCGUGGAGGAAUUCAAGCAGGCAAAUGCUGGGUUCCAAUACGAUUACCAGUUCAUCAAUGUCCCUGACUAUCAGGGUACCGGUGAGCGGGAGCCAACGCCACACUUCAUGCAGAACUUGGGCGAGGCAGAGUAUGCUGUGGCGCUGUACCAAUACAUGCGACUCUUGGGAUACCCGGCAGCGAAAAUCUCAAUCUUGGCGACGUAUGCUGGUCAGACGGCUUUGAUUCGUGAUGUGCUGAGCCAUCGCUGCGCAAAGAACCCCCUGUUCGGAAUGCCCAAGAUUGUCACGACUGUGGAUAGAUACCAAGGAGAGCAGAAUGACUACGUCAUUCUGUCUCUAACCCGUACUCGCACUGUGGGCUACCUUCGUGAUGUUCGUCGUCUCACCGUUGCGCUAUCCCGCGCUCGUCUGGGCUUGUACAUCCUUGGUCGCCGUGAAGUGUUCGAGUCGUGCUAUGAGCUUAAGCCCGCAUUUGACCGUCUCUUGCAGCGUCCGGAUAAGCUGAUGCUUGCUCCGGGUGAGAUGUUCCCCACCACCCGAGCGCUGGACGCUCCGGUCGAGGGCUCACCCAUGGAAAGUGUUGAGCAUCUUGGUCAGUAUGUGUUCGAAAUGACCCAGGCCAAGGUCAAAGCGAUGGGCGAUGGUGAUAUGGUUGUCGAUACCACCGCAGCAAAUGGCGAAGAGCUGCCUGUCGAGGAAGACGAUGAAAUGCUUGGUGCCGACGAAGAUCAGGAUGAGGAUAUUAUUGUAUGA